AAAAGAUAAUAGAGAUUUCUAGCGUAGUGGGUUUAUCGUUAGAGCCUUGGAGGCCUGAAAGUUGGAAUUUUGGUUCUGGAAAUUGGAUUGUGUGGUCAAAUGCUACUGCAAGUUCUCACAAUUCAGAAGCCGCCAUUAAUCUCUCCCUCUGUUCUCUUUAAGGUCGAGGUGAUACCCUCUAUAUCGUUAUUCCAUCAUGGGGGUCAGAAUUUCAAGAACAGAAAGAGAAAUUCAUCUCUGCGUGCCGUGGAGAAGGAAUCCCAGUUCGAGUUAGACCAAGAAAAGGCCCGGGAGGCACUGAAAAAGCUCGACGAGCAACUCCAAACCCUCUCUCAGAAAGAAAUAAGUCCUCCAAAGAAAAGGGUCUCUUCUUCCAACUUGGUUUCAGAUCCCCGCCAAGCAAGAGAUCUAAUGAGGGAAGAAAUGCCAGAGUUCUCUGGUUCUUAUCUUGCAUAUUCAGCUUUUGCUCUUCUCAUCUUCACCAUUUUUUACAAUGUAUUCUUCAUUACAGUUAUCAAACCAUUUGUGGAUGGACCAGAAUCAGCUCCAGCUCCAACUGUUAUAAGAGACACUCCAAAUGCAGUGAUGGUACAGAAGUUGUCAUCACCAGAUGUUGCUGAACAACGCUGAAAUUUCUCUAUUUUUGAUACAACUUAAAUGUUAACUUUAGUGUGAAUUGUUUCUGUGCAUCUUAAUUUGCAAUACUAACUAGUUCUUACAAGGUGCCAUGUUGGAUAAAACCCUGGAGGGAUGUGCAUUCUGAUAGCCAUAAGUUUACUAUCAAAAGAAAAACAUAGAAAAAAAAAAAGAAAUGGAAGUUCCAUUUUGGUAGUUGAGAAGUCACUAUAAAAAGGUGCUUGUCUUCAAGCAUCAUCAUCAUCAUUCCAGUCUUAUCCCAACUAUAUGGGGUCGGCUAGGUGCUAGUCUUCAAUCCAAUAUCAUUAUUUUCUCAAUUGGAAGCUUCAAACAUUAUGUUGCUUAAAAAGGUAGUCAUGUACCCCUUUUCAGGUGAAGAUUCAUGGACUAUGUGUAUCCAAGAGACUAAACUGUUGUAUUAGAAUCUGCAUUCGUAGAAUCAAUUUUACCAGGCUCAGUGUAUCCACCAAUGAGCUUGAUACAGUA